CUGUCAGUUUGAGUUUUAUCAAUGUCCCCUUUGGGUGUAAACAAUCGACUUUCCAAAUAGUUAAAAACGAAUCAAUUGUAAUUAUGAAAGAAUAUGCAAUUGAAUAAAACCUAGAUACCCAAAAAUGGCUUACUUUCAUUAUCGCUGUGGUGAAAGAAUCACAUUAAUAAACGAUAACUGCACUGCUAUACGUAACGAAAGUGAAUUUGAUCAUGGUCUGGUCAUAUCGGCGGAACCCUUGCAAAAUGAUGUUCUUUUUGAAAUAAAAAUAGAUAAAAAAGUAAAUUCUUGGUCUGGGAGCUUAGAAAUCGGCGUUGUUGAUUGUGACCCUCUACAUUUUGAUUUUCCUCCCUGUGCAUCUAAAAUUCAAUCUGGAUCAUGGAUUAUGUCUGGAACAACAGUUUUCAAAAAUGGAGCUUGUUUAGUGGAAGGAUAUGGAAUGGAUUUGGAUAGACUAAAUCAAGAAGACAGAAUUGGCUUGAUGAGAACUUCAGAAGGCGACCUUAUUUUCUACAUAAAUGGUGAAUCGCAAGGUGUUGGUGCAGAAGAUUUACCAAGUGUGGUGUAUGCCAUAGUAGAUUUAUAUGGUAAAUGUGUUCAAGUUACAAUUACCAGUCCAGCAUACAGGGAACACAAUAACGAUGAUUGCCUCAGUGGCAGCUCAGUUUUAGCUAUUGACAAUGACAUUCUAAAUGUUACUUUAGGAGGAGAUUUAAGUGAGCUAAGUAUGAGCAGCAGUAACAGUUUGGAUAUUCGAAUGGACAUGAAUGUUAGUUUAAGUAUGCCAGACGAGAUUCCCAGACAGGAUAGGCUGCGAUUCCAUGACAGAUGUGGGUCUCUUGUCAAACUGUCAAAUGCAAGCAGAAGUGCAGAACGACGGAGACCACUUGACGAGUUUAACAAUGGAGUAGUUAUGACUCAUCGACCUUUGAGGGAUUCUGAAUUAUUUGAAAUUCGUAUUGACAGGCUCGUUGACAAGUGGAGCGGCAGUAUAGAGAUGGGUAUAACGACUCACAAUCCAAAUACAUUAGUGUUUCCUGCUACAAUGACAAAUAUGCGUAGCGGUACCAUAAUGAUGUCAGGAUGUGGAAUUCUGACCAACGGAAAAGGCACCAGAAGGGAAUAUGGCGACUUUAAUUUAGACGAAUUGACCGAAGGUGAUAGGGUUGGCAUGAUGAGGAAGCCAGACGGCAAUUUGCAUUAUUUUAUCAAUGGUUUAGACCAAGGUGUAGCUGCUCAAAGAGUACCUACUACAGUGUGGGGCGUUAUUGAUCUUUAUGGAAUGACAAUUAAGGUAUCCAUCGUAGAGCGAGACGAACGCGAAGAACAAAACCUCAUCACGCGCAAAAACACGCGCGACCAACAGAUCCAUCUACCGGAACCCAAUUCUCUACCGGACUUCUACGACCGACUUACAUUCCAUCCGAAUUGCGGAACGCACGCCGAAGUCAUCAACAACAACAGGACCGCCCAUAGGCCGAACGCUGCCGACGACUUCAAUAACGGGGUGGUGCUAACAGCACGCCCACUUAAGACGGCCGAACUGUUCGAGGUCCGCCUUGAUAGGGUCGUUACCAAGUGGGCGGGGUCUAUCGAAAUAGGAGUGACGACGCAUAGCCCUGUGGAUCUAGAUUUUCCUUUCACCAUGACUAAUGUCAGGUCGGGAACGUGGAUGAUGACCGGCAGCGGGAUUAUGCAUAAUGGGACGAUCGUUUUGGAGCAGUAUGGAGUAAAUUUAGAUAGAUUGCAGGUCGGAGAUCGGGUGGGCGUCUUACGUAAAGAAAAUGGAUUGUUACAUUUUUUCGUUAAUAGCAUUGAUCAAGGUUGUGCUGCUUCUAAUGUACCAGAGAAGAUUUAUGGAGUUAUAGAUCUGUAUGGGCAAGCGGUAGAAGCUACUAUAAUUGACGUUUACGAUAAUGGUUCGCCUGACACUCAAAAUUCCAGUCUUUCUAAUACUACGCUUUACAGUGAUCUGAGAUUUCAUCAUAUACAUGGAAAAAAUGCGAGAAUAGUCAGUAACGGUUUAACAGCCUUAAGACCGAGGCCCUUGGCAGAAUUUAAUGACGCUAUAGUGUUUUCUAGUCGGCCCUUAAGAGAUGGGGAAAUGUUCGAAAUUUGUUUGGAUAAUAUAGUAGAUAGGUGGUCAGGAAGCAUUGAAUUGGGAGUUACAUCGGUACGACCUGACGAAAUAGAUUUGCCGAGUACGGCGACGGAUCUCUGUCGCGAUACUUGGAUGCUGAGCGGCUCCUCGGUCAUGAUAAACGGCAAAACUAUCAAAAGUAAUUACUCGUGCGACUUGGAUACGUUGACGUCGGGCGUAAAACUCGGCGUUAUGCGUUCCAGCGAUAAAUCGUUGGAGUUUUAUAAGAACGGCGUGGCGCAAGGAGCCGCUUGCGUCGUACCGCAUAAUAACAUUUACGCUGUGGUCGAUUUGUACGGGCAAUGCGCCCAAGUCAGCAUUCCCUGUGCUUCCCCUAUGGCCGCGUUGGCCUCAGCAGGUAUAGAAACAUCUCAUCGAUCAGACACAUCGGCCUCUCUUCAAGCCACCAGCGUGGUUCAACCUCCCAUCGAAUCGGACCUUCAUCGUUUCUCUGAAUGUCACAGUAAAGGCAUCGUCCUGGACGAAAGGGGCAGAACGGCGACGAGAUCUAAAGAUUUCAGCAGCGCCGUCAUAUAUAGCGCGACGCCCCUUCACCAAGAUGAAAUGUUCGAAAUUUCCAUCUUGAACAUGUCCAAGCACAUGGCCGGAACAUUGUCAGUGGGCGUUACCGAGGUGUCGCCCGCGAUGUGUUCAAAUAAUAUACCGCCGAAGUGUUAUUAUUUGUGCGGGAACGAAUUACGCUAUCAAUCUAAGGUGUUGCAAUUUUUCACGCCGAAUUUGAGCUGGUUGACCUGCAACGACAGAAUCGGCUUACUCAAAACAGCCGAUGGAAGCGUAAAAGUGUUCGUCAACGGCGAAGAGUUGUCUGUCAGUUUUCCUCCUUUACCAGAAGUGUUUUACGCCGUAUUCGAUUUGCGCGGCGCUUGUAGCGAGAUCGGGGUUAUCAGCUACAAGGCGAAUAUGUCUCCGUUAAAUAGCAUAAGAUUACAGGAUAGCCUGGAGCUAGUCCUGGACCAAGAACCCGUUCCAGAACUCGUAGAAGGUAAAGAACCCAUUCCGGAAAUUGUCCAGCCGCCGGCGCCGGUGUUAUACGAAUUCCACGAAAACCACGGCAGAAACAUAGAACUGAUCAAUAAUAAAACCGGAGCUAGGCGAGUCGCUUCCUACAAUCAAGGGAUUACGAUCGUUCAAAAACCUUUGGAACCUAAUUCGAAGGUGGAAAUAGUGGUCGAUGAAUUGGAAAGUCGUUGGAAAUCCUCACUAAUCGUAGGCGUAAUAUCCGGAGUUCCCGAAAGACUGAAUCUACCUGUCAACGCUUUGGCUCUAAAAGCGCCCAGUUGCAUCGUAGCUAGCGAUUGGCUAGCUAUAAACGGCAUAAAAUCUUGUUCGAACUACGGGCUUAAAUUGGACAAUGUGAGCGUCGGAGACCACGUGGAAAUUAUACUUACAGAAGCGAAAUGCUUUCAAUUAUCAAUUAAUGGCGUCGAAGAAGAACCGUUGGCUUUAAAUUUUCCAAAUGGAUCACCCAUCUACGCCGUUUUUGAUCUUUACGGGCAGUGCCAACAGAUUCGGAUUUUGAACAAUUCCGUUCAAGAAGAACAGCCGGAAAUUAAAAAGAGCGCAGAUUGUGAAAAGGCCGAUUUGGAAUCUUGUGAAAAGGAACGUUCCGAAACUAAAUUAAGUUUACCCAUACCGUCUGCUAGUACAAGUCUGAUUAGUACGCCUGUUGUAAAGAAUACUCAUAUAAGUUCGCCGUUAAAAUCUUGCCAGUACAAGGAGGAGGUCGAGAAGUUCAAAAGGAAGAUAUUAUUACCAGACCAGUAUUUCAGUCCGGAAGAGCCGAUAUGUUACUGUCAAUACUGUCAUCGUGCGAGAAUUACUGAAGAAAAAGAAAAUCUUCUAGGAUGGGUAAAAUUUCCGUUAUGUAUUUCUGAAAAUAUGGUGACGGAUAAAUGGCAUACGGCCUUUUACUUAUGUAAACUUGGCGCUGUACGUUGCAUUUUAGACAAAGGACAACCUCUAACUAAAGGACAAGCGGAAUGGUGCAACUUCACAGGCAAAAAGGCAGAAGACGUUCAGAUGGUAUUUUACCCAUCUCUCCAAACCACACUAACGAAACCAUUUAAAAUCGAGAAUAACAAAGCUGCGAUGGCCGCUUUUCAGUUAUUGGUCAAACCUGGUGCCUAUUCAACAUCGAGGGAAUCUGACAUUGUAGAAUGGAAUACGAAAGAAACUGGCGCUUUGGUAUUGAAUUCUCUGCUGUUGAGGAUUCAAUAAAAUUUUUAGAUUUCAAGUAAAAAAGGAUCUCACUCAAUCGAUUUCAUGUGAUGUAAUAUAACAUAUUCUGAUUAGUUAUCGUCAUUAACUUUGAAUAUUUAUGUCGAAACAAAUAUGUACUUUUUUGUAAACCAUGACGUCUGUAUUUUUCUCGAUAAAGGGGAUACACUUUUGAAAAAUGUUCGAAUAUGUUGGAAACAAUCAAAAAGUAAGGGUUUUUUUUUAAACAUUGGGAAAGCGGUAUAAUUAAUUUAUAAUAUAUACGAGCGAGAGGAAGAUUUGACAUUAUGCAAAAAUCAGAAAAAAUUCUGUUUUAGAAGAAAUGUUUAAAAGUGGAGAAAUUUGGUUAAAUAGGAGUUUACCUUUACAAGGAUUUGUAAAAGAUUUACCAAAAGUUAUACAGUUUUUUGGCACUAGCGUUUUUUUAUUGACAAAUCUAACAGUUUUAUUAAAAUAUUUCAUUUUGUUCCAUAAAUAAUUAGCAAUUCAUCCUUUCGUUUAUGUAAUGCUAUCCUCGAGGUUAAUAAUGUUUUAAAUAUGGACCUGGACUUUGUAUUUUAAUUUUAUUAAUACCAAUUUUAAUCUUGAAUAUAAGCAUGCAGAGCGUGGUGUAUCUUUGUAACGUUUCGAAUCAAUUAUAACAUCAUCAGUACAUUAUUUAAUUACGAUGCUGAAUUUAAAAUUUAUUAAAUUGCAGCUUAUGUAGGAC